CUCAGUUACACGCUGAAACCGAUGUAAGCUACGGUGACGAUUCCGUCAAAGCGAUGGCAACCGUACCGACCCAUGCGUCGUCGAGCAGCCCCAUCGCAUGUCUCAAGGCGUACUUGGCACGCCAUCUUCCACCGCCGCCUCUCGAGGCUUCGAUUCCGCCGUUCCCUCGGCCUUCCUUGAACCAGUCCUGUGCCGUUUCUUUCUCGGCGCCGCGGACGCGUCUCCAAGAGGCCGUGGCCGCGCGGCGCCAGCAAAAGUUGUCCGAGCGAGUUCUGACGUGGAUCGACAUGCAGCAAGUCCGAUAUGUUGUUGGCGAGGCAGCCAUGCUCCUUCCUGCCGAGCAUAACGUUGCAACAGCCGUCGCCAUGAAACUCGGACACGCCGAGGAAGACGCCACCGUUCCCCCCGCCUGCCUUGAUGAACUCGAACUGAUGCUAGCCACACUCAACCAACCCAUGCUCAAGUUCACACAAUUUGCAGCAAUGCGGCCGCAAUUGCCCGCCGCGGCUGCCUCGUACUGCACCGCCGACGUGUUCCUGCAACUCCAACCGCACGACGCACACGGACGCAUCCACGGCCUGGCAUGGCUAGCUGUUGUAGAACAGGCUAGUGCCCAAAUCGCCGCCUUGGCCUUGCUCCAGCGCGCCGAUGUGGCCGACUGUGGAUGGCUGAGUGAGGCCCAAGUCACCGACAUGGUCAAGACUUGGGUGGACCAAGUGCCUUGGGUGCACGGCAUCGACCCUGCGUUCAAGGAGUACUACGUGCGCAUCGCAACGCGGCUGCUUUGGCUCCCGUUGGUGCCGUAUCGUACUGGCAAGCUCUACAUUGACAAAGCCAGCAAGUCGAAUGUCGUUCAGUCGAUGGUGCCGCUGCUGUGCCGUGCCUACCACGACGCUCCCGAGUACGCCGAGAACCCACUCUCGAUGGACAGGAUUCAGCGGCUGCAUCGUCAAUAUGUGCAACUUGACACUGACAAGAAUGGUCUGCUCUCGGCAGAGGAAGUUUUGCAUUAUGGACAAAAGAAGGCGUUUGUGGGGCCAGAUCAACGACCGACCCAUGCGCUCACUCGCCGAUUUGUCCAGCGCGUGUUUGACGAACUCGUCACGUUCGACGGCGACGUGGUUUUGCCUGCUCCAUCGUGGCAUUGGUUGACGUGCCCGUGCAGGACUACAACUCGUUUCUCGACUUGAACCUUUACCUGCACGACCACACAUCCAAGCACGCGCUGCAGUUUUUUUGGCGCGUCCUCGAUGUCCAUCAAUGCGGAACAUUGGACGCGGCAGCGGUCGACUACUUUCUUGCAGACAUUUCGCAUGCCGUUGCCACAGCGACCGGCCAGCCCCUCGACAUCCCUGUCCUGCGGAGCGAACUCUUCGACAUGAUCCACCCCAAAGACCCACGAGCCCUCACUUUCGACGACGUCUGGUCCAGCGGCAGAGGCCAUUCCUUUGUGCGGUCCGUCAAAUGUCCUGCCCACUGACUCGCCUCCGUCACACUGGACUAGCAUCGUGUCCGACUACGAGGCGUACUUGCACUACGAACGAACAAACGCCACGUGACAAGUGCAACUUCAACUUCAAGGGGACAGCCACCGGGUUGUCCAGUCCAUACCCGGUGCAAACCGAGCCUCUUGACGGGUAAAUGAGGGAUGGUACAUAUACAAAGAAGCAGUGGACGACCCAAAC